AUGGAGAAAUUCCAUAUCGACGACCACGAAGCCAAGGCGGCCGACUCAAUCAUUGAACACGUGGCUCCCAAGGUCGAACAGGCGCGAGCAGCUGCUGAAGAAGAGCACCGUCUUUCAGUCUGGGAGGCCCUUUCCAAGAACAAGACCGUCGUCUUCUGGUGUGUGUUUUUUGGCUUCAGCUGUAUUGGCUGGGGCUUCGACGCACAGGUCAAUGGCGCCAUGAUCUCAGUGCCUCAGUUUCGGUAUACAUUCGGCUACAUCUACAAAGGGCAACCUGUGAUCCCCGCCAGCUGGCAGAGCGGCUUUAACAGCAUCUCCAGCGUCGGCCAAUUCUUUGGUGGCUUCAUGUGCUCAUGGAUCUCUGACCGCAUCGGCCGUCGGCAUUCUCUCCUUGUAGGGCUGGCCUUUGUCACAGGGGGCAUUUUUGGCGAGGUCUUCUCGACCACCCGACCGGCAUUCCUCAUUGGCAAAUUGAUUCUUGGAAUUGGCCUUGGAUUCUACUUGACCAUCGGCCCUCUCUAUUGCUCAGAGGUGGCACCGGUCGUCCUUCGUGGUAUGAUCACAGGUGGCAUUAACUUCGCGAUUGUCAUUGGGCAGCUCCUCUCGAAUGCCGUUAUCAAAGGAUUCGGGGACAGGAACGACCGCUGGGCUUUUCGAGGCCCCUUUGCCAUUCAAUGGUUGUUUGUUGCCAUUCUUCUUGUCGGACUCCCAUUCGCGCCCGAAUCGCCAUGGCAUUAUGUGCGCCGGGGCCGCAUGGACGACGCUCGACGGUCUCUGGAGCGUCUGCAUGGCGAGGACGUUGACGUAUCCCCGAAAUUGGCCAUGAUCGUCAGGACCGUCGAGGAGGACGCAGAACUGUCCAAGUCUGCCAGAUGGGACCAGUGCUUCCGUGGCACCAACCUCGUACGAACCACCAUUUCGGUUGGCGCCUUUGCCUGCCAACAUCUCUCAGGUAUCGUCUUCGUAUUGGGCUUUUCAACCUACUUUUUCGAGCUUGCCGGUAUUCAGACCAAGGACGCUUUCGACCUCGGUGUGGGAGUCACAGCAUGCGGUGUAGUUGGCGUCAUGAUCUCUUGGGCCGCCAUCAACACACUGGGUCGGAGAAAGCUGUUCGUCUGGGGCAUGAUCGGUAUGACCAUUGUGCUAGUCUUGAUGGGAAUUCUUGACGUUGUUCACACCUCAGCUGCCCGCUGGGUCCAAGCCUCUUGCACGGUCGUCUAUGCACUCAUCUAUCAGAUCACGAUCGGAUGCAUCGCGUUUGCUUUGCUCGGUGAAGUCUCCACACCCUCCCUCCGAGCCAAGACAGUUGGUCUGGCCACUGCAUGCCAGGCUGUGUUCGGCACGGUUAUGAACAUUGUGGUUCCUUACAUGGUCAACCCGGACAAGGCCAAUCUGAAGGGUAAAGUGGGCUUUGUCUUUGGCGGAGCGUGUCUCUUGGGCACCAUCUGGAGUUACUUCUAUGUGCCUGAGCUGAAAGGCCGCACAUUCCAGGAGAUUGACUAUUUGUUCCAGAACAGAGUUCCACCCAGGAAAAUGGGCAAGUACAAUCUCGAGGAUGUCAAUGAUGUUAUGUGA